GAUCGCGUACAAAAAGCUAGGGACCUCCAAAUUCGGGGAUCGAUACGAGAAGCAGCUUGUAUUUGACCUGCUUGCCAAGUACGGUCCAUCUUCUGUGAGGCCGGUCAAGAACUCCUCCACGCAAUCUGAAGUAUUCUUCAGGCUCCUCCCCAAGGAACUCAUUGGCUUUGACGAGGCCCAUCAACAGAUUAUGUUACUAAACUUCAUGCGAAUGAUGUGGAUUGAUGAGAAUCUAACGUGGGAUCCGAGUGAGUACGGAGGAGUCAAUAUCACCACACUACUGCCGAGCGAUGUCUGGACACCUGAUAUAUCUCUUUAUGAAAAUGCCCAGAAAGAUUUCAUCAGUAUCCAGGAAACAUAUAUCUUAGUAUCGUAUAACGGCUCCAUGGAUUGGUACUUUCCCGCCUUUGUGACGUCAGUAUGUCCAAUCGACAUCACCUACUUCCCAUACGACGUGCAAGAAUGCAAGAUUUCAAUCGGGCCUUGGGCGUACAUGAAAAGCAUGGUCCAUUUUCAGCUCUCUAAACAAGGGGACACCACUAUCGACAUAUUCAACCGAAACGGAGUAUGGAUCCUCGAACGAUCCGUUGGGGUCAACAAGGAUGCGGUCCUCUGCUGCGAUAACAGGACCUGGUCUAUCAUUGAGUACAGCAUCACCAUCCGUCGCAUGUCCAAGUUCUACACUAAGACCGUCGUCGUACCGGCUUUCCUUUUAACUCUAUUGAUGGCACUCGUCUGUUGGCUUCAUCCAGCUUCCGGUGAGAAGGUGACCUUGGCAGUCAGUAACCUUCUGGCUUUGAUCCUCUUCCAGCAGCUCGUAGCCGAUAGGAUGCCACCGAGCGGGGAAACUACGUCCAUCAUAGUGAGUUUCUUCAUCGUGAUGAUUGCAAUGUGUUGUGCUGAGGUCCUCUGCUCAAUCUUCGUCCUCCGCAUCUAUCACAUGGGUGGUCAGACGGAGGUUCCGUGGUUGGUAAGGCGAAUCAUGCUGUGUCCCAUCAUCCUACCCCUCUACCACAGUCUAGAGAGUAAAGAGGUCUUUAGAGCGCAACAAACCAAUUAUAAAAAACAUCGCAGAUCGAAGCGUGCCCGGGAACGUAUCGAGAUUCCUCUAGAUAAAACCAAAGACCCCCCUCCUCGCAACUUCAGCAUCGAGUCACAAAUAGAAACUAUUCGGGAGUCCGAGGCGCCAGAUCCCGCUACCAAUGCACUUCUCGUCAACCACGCUAACAACGUACAUCGCCCGAAGAACAAGCUUGGUAGCCAUCACAAGAAUGAUAUUGACCCGGAAAUGAUUGCGCAAACUUGGCGCGAUACUGCUAUCGUUACCGAUAAGCUGAUAUUUUUCGUGUUGUUGCUGGUGACAGCUACCUCUUGGGUUUAUAUGAUCGUGUCGUUUUUAUUCCAUUCGUGAAAAUUCGGACUUAUCCGGAACAAAUUCGAAACAAUACACGCACAUGUCGAACAAGCACCAGGCUCAUAGGAUCUUUAAAUAAGCGAUUUGAGAAAAUACGGUCAUAAUUUGGAUGUACUCUGUUCUCUAGACCUACAAAUACUGGACUGCUGUACGAAAGUCACGCUUUUAAAAUCGAUAUUGGUCUAUCUACAUGUAUUAACAUGGAAAUAUUGUAAAUGGCCACAUAGAUAGCAAUGUAAUAUUUUGUGGUUUGCUCCCUGUCUAUUAUAUAGCAGUGGUGUAUCAGGAAGAACCUCAUCAGUAGGGGCAAAAACUUCUUUCAAAGAAAAAACCAUUGAAAGAUCACUGCCAUUCGAAAUGCACUAUCUAGUGAAAAAUUCUGUCAAGCAAAUAAUUAUCAAAAUCUCGCCCCAACUCUUUAUAAAUGACGGAGAUCUCUUCCUUUAGUAAUACAUGAUGGAUAGUAGUACGCUUAAAUAACGAGCUUCUCUUAGAUUUUCAGUACCCAACGUUCCAGAUGAUUUGUAAUAAUGAUAUGUAAUAGCUUUCCAAAUGACUUUUAAUGUACGUCAUUUCUUGAAAAAGACAAAAUUAGUUUUUACUGAGGAGGUGUGUGUGUUUCAUUGAGUAUUACAGACGUGCGUCAAUCAGAUUUAUAUAAUAAGAUUAUUUAGUCUAAGACCGACCUUUAACGUCACCAUUCGAAAGAGGUAAUCAGGGACCAAACCUCUACAUCAAUUUGUAACUUCCCUUACAUAGCUUUAAUAACAAGCUUAAAUCCUACGACCAGACGUUACUAUUGAAUAUCUUGAACAGUCUUUACGUCAGUGUAACAAUUGUCAGCAUGAUGGAGUUCACGAGGUUAUUGACAUUACACCUUAAAAAAGAUUCAUUGUAACCAUCAAAUGCAGGUCGGCACCUCUUAGUUUCUCAUCGUACGUAAUAUCGCCGUGUGUGACGCUAUAUUAUUAGGGUUUCAUAAUGCAUUCAUUCCCCUGCCAUUUUACGAAGUCAUUUCAGACACACCACUAACUGUUUAUAUCCAUCGCCCGUCUAAUACAACUUCCACAGUGCUAUUUAGCACUGGUUAAAGGGAUAGAUACAAAAUUGAUUUAAAUUUCAUAAACUAUAAAGAGUUAGAAUUUAAAUCAUUACAUGAAUGUGUCCCUUUUGUAAAAUUAUAUAGUCUAUAUCAACUUUCAAUCUAUGAAAGGUGCAAAAUAUACCCGCAUGCUAAAAGUUGGCAAUGUCCAUGGGUCUAACUUUAGCAAUGUUACCCUUCAUCAUGCAUGGUGAUUAUUCUACCAUCAGUGACGUCGAUAUAUGUAAAUAUAAUUGAUAUUAUUAUUCAACAUUUCAUUUUAAUGUCGGAUAAUUAUGAUUGAUCUCUACAGACUUAAUAUCAAAGGGGAGAGAUGUAAAAAAAAAUUAAAAAGGAGGAAGAACAAUGUGGUAAUAAGCAACUCCCCUUUGAUACGAUGUAUCUUUCAACGAAAUUGUAAGAUAUUUUGACAUAAGCCCGUCAUGUGUUUUUCUUAAUAAUGAAAAUUUUAAAAUGUACUGUGGUGAAAAAUAUGAUGUAUUAAAGACGUUUUGAAUUUGUCAUCAUGUGAUGAUAAAAUGU